UUGUGCUUGGGCGUGAUUCAUUGGAUCAGUUGACACAAUGGGUUGUUGAGAAAUUUUCGGAUAUUAAAAACAAAAACCUUCCGAUACCCACAUUUGGAGAUCAUCCAUUCACUGAAAAGGAAUUAAAGAGACAAUUAUUUGCGAAAUCGAUUAAAGAUAUUCGAAGUUUAAAGCUGAAGUGGCCAUUUCCAGACAUGAAGGAGUAUUACGAAGUUAAGCCAUCAAGCUAUAUUUCACAUUUAAUUAUGCAUGAGGGCGUCGGCUCAAUAUUAUCCUUGCUCAAGAUAAAAGGAUGGGCAAACGGUUCAAGUGCUGGCUCGAGUGAGAUAACCUUAGGUCAUGGGUUCUUUAACGUUUCAAUAAAUCUUACACCCUCAGGUCUAGACAACUAUCAAGAGAUUGUGAAGCUAGUGUUCCAGCAUAUCAAAUUGAUGAAGAAAGUUGGCGUUCAAGAGUAUAUCUUUCGAGAGUUACAAAAUCUUCAGGUUAUUAAGUUUCGAUUUCUUGAGAAAUCAAGUUCUCCUGCGGAUUAUGUGUCAUUUUUGGCUUCAAGUUUGCAUCUGCCUUUUAAACGCGAAUGGGCCAUUUCGGGUCCUUAUUUGAUUAGAAAUUAUGAUCAAAAAUUGAUCGAUGAAAUUUUGGAUUUAUUGCGUGCCGACAAUUUCACUCUUACAUUGGUUAGUCCAUCAUUCACCGAUUUGGAUCAAAGUGAAAAGUGGUAUGGAACAGAAUACAAAGUCAUACCUAUUGACCCAGGCUUCAUUCAGACAUUGCAAAAUUUGGAUCUUGACCCUCAAUUAAAAAUUCCGUCGCCAAAUGAGUUUAUUCCAACGAAUUUUGAAAUAGAAAAAAAGGAAAAUGUCACGCCACUAUUACGACCUAAUUUAAUAAAGCACACGCCACUCACACGAUUAUGGCACAAAAAAGAUGAUACAUUUUGGGUGCCUAAGGCCUGCGUCUAUUUUAUGCUGAACAGUCCUUUGGUCUACGCUAGUCCGUUGCACUAUGUCAAAUCUUUAUUAUACAAAGAUUUAGUCAAAGAUGCUUUGAGGGAAUAUGCCUACGACGCCGUAAUUGCGAGCUUAUAUUACAACGUUAAUAUUGAGGCUGAUGGUCUAUCCAUUUUUGUCCGAGGAUUUAAUGACAAAAUUUCAGUAUUACUAGAAAAAAUACUCCUACAAAUGAGGAAAUUUACAGACGAUCCUGAAAGAUUCAAUUUGAUCAAGGAAAGAAUUCAAAGGGCUCAUCGCAAUUCAUUAUUAGAUGCGCCAAAUGAACAGGCCGUGUAUUAUCAUUUUUACUUAUUUCGAAACUCGAUUUGGACGAUUGAAGAGAAAUUGAAAGCUUUGGAAAAUGUUACGCUUCAAGAUGUUCAAUUAUUUUAUCCAGAAUUACUUGCUCACUUGCAAAUUGAAGCUUUAGUACAUGGGAACGUGUCCAAAGAUGAAGCAUUAAAAUUGUCACAGAUGGUGGAAGACAUCUUGAGACCCAAACCCCUUUUACCAACACAACUGAUUGGAAAUCGCUCAAUAGUUUUACCUCAAGGAAGGAAAUUUGUCUAUCAACGAGACGUGUACGACGCAAAUAAUAUUAAUUCAGCAGUAGAAUACUAUAUACAAGGUGGUGAUGUGAUGGAUGUGAAUUUAAAGGCCAAAUUCAGCUUGAUGGUACAAGUCUCUCACGAACCGUGUUUUGAUCAACUCCGGACAAAAGAGCAGCUGGGAUACUUGGUAUCCUGUGGAUUGAGGUCAUAUGCCAGAUCAUUGGGCAUGAGGAUCAUUGUACAAAGUGAACGUGAUACUGUUCAUCUAGAGAACAGAAUUGUACAUUUUUUGUACAAAUUACAGGCGAUAAUUGAAGAAAUGCCUGAAGAAGAAUAUCAAAAACAGGUUCAAUCGCUGAUAACUAAAAAGUUGGAAAAGCCGAAAAAUUUGUCUCAAGAAGCACGUCGAUAUUGGGAACAUAUAAAUUCGGGAUAUUAUGAUUUUGACAAAGUUGAAAAUGAAGUUUCCGAAAUACGCAAAAUCACCAAAUCUGACCUUUUGGAAUUCUAUAAAGCUUUAAUUUGUCCGUCAUCGCCAGUUCAAAGGAAAUUAUCUGUUCAUAUGCGAUCACAGAAAUCUGCACAGACAAAAAGAUUGAAUCAAAUUGAAAUCAACGAUCUUUAUGCAUUUCUUAUCGAACAAGGUCUGAACAUUAAAGUUGAAGAGUUGACAACAUUUUUCUCAUCGAAAGAAUUGACCAAUGAUCAGAAAAUUGAAGAUUUACUGCGAGAAUUCUUGGUUGAACAUAAUAAACUUAAGAAAGAUGAAAUCGAAGAUCUGAUAAAGAAUGUUACAAAAUUAAAGUCGGAGAAGGACGAAAGGGAUCCUAAGUUAGAAUUAGAUCAGAAGAAUGAGUUGAUAGAAGACGUGAUUGUGUGGAAGAGAAACAUGAAAUUGGGUCCUACUGCUAUUCCGGUUGUAUAUUUUAGUGAAUUUGUGAGUAAGUUGUAG